UUUUUUGGUAUACCUCAGAGUUACAUUUAUUCAUGCCACAAAGGAAACAACAUGUCUACAAGGGUACAGCGAUGCUCCAUGUUCCCAACUAACAGAGAUUGCUGAGACUGAUGUUCCAUCUGAUGUGUACUCCAAGUAAAGCUGAUUAAUGAUGACCAUGAGCAGGAGCUGCCCACCAACUUCCCAGAGGAAAAAGAAACCGGGGAGCCGAGCAGGACGGGCUCUGAAGCAGCCGAAGCAGCAGAACAGUGCAAAGGCCUGUGACGCAAGAGGACAUAUUUAUGAACAGGUGUUAGAGGAGCCCACGUCUCAGGAGAGGAGUCGAGGCCUCAGGUUGAAGGAGAGCAGCUUACAUUAUGCAGACAUUCAAGUGUGCAGCUCUACCCAGCCACGCUCUGCUCUGGAGGUGAAGAACCUGCAGUUUGAAAAUGCUACGCAGUACGCAACCCUUCGCUUCCCCCAGGCCACGUGCCACUAUGACAGCAAGAACGGGACCCUAGUGUGAGCGCUGGGGAGGACAGACCUGUUUCCAUCAUUUUACCACUACUCCCCUGGGGAGACUCUGCACUGGGGAAAUGGCUGGCACCCAGAGAUGCCUGCCACGUUUUAAAGAACUCCAGAGCCCUUGUGAGUGCCCCCAGUCUUGGCCCCUCCCCUAGGCCUAUCUUUUACUUGCCACCAUUAGCUUGGAGUGGUAUUUGGGUUAGCUAGGGGUGGAUGGAGUUCCACAAAAUGAGGGGGGCUAGGAUGAGGGCGCAGGAAGUUUUUUGACCCCUUCCUUUGCUCCUGCUUUCAAGAAAAGUGCUUAUAGGACAGGUUACCCCAGCACUUGAGCUGAUUUUGUUGGGCUUAAUUUAGUGGUGUCUCUUUUACACACCUUAAACUCCAAAGCUGAAGAAGGAGAGGUGCUCUGGAAAAGCAUUCUGAGUUCUUGUGCACAGCCCCCAGAGCUGGCUUGGGCAAUUCCUUCGGUGGUUGGGUCAAGGGUCCCAGAACCUCAACAGACAAAUGAGGGCAAGGGCUGAGGCGUGGAGGAAGCGAUCGCUGACCAUCGGUUACGAAUACUUCAAGUCAUUGACAGCAUUGCAUGGUCCGGAAACUCCCCUUGGUUGGACCGUUGGCUCUCGCAGGUGCGGAGCCGCUAGGAUCAAUAAAUCGCAUAAGGAACA